UCCCUCCGCCUGUGCUCUCUUCUUCCUCUGGCUCUCUGUCCCCUUCUAUCCACCAAAUCAAAGGGCACUGAGUGCCCACCUGUUCCAGGUUGCCUGUCUGGUAUGUUGAGAAAAGGUAAAAAUAAGAUCUUGUGAAAGAAGGAGCGAGCAGUACCCGGGCCAGCUGGGGCCUUGGGCCCCUGUCCCCAGGGUCUGGCAGCCCCGGCUGGCCCUGGGGAGGGCGGGGCUGGUUGCCAAGGCCUCAGGUGGUGUGGAUCCGGAAGCAGGAAACAGUCUGUGCUCUCAAGGCUGGAACUGCCUGGCCAGGGGAGCAAGGCUUCCAGGAGCUGGUUUCUGCAGAGAUGGGCCUGUCUGCGGAGGAGCUGAGGCAGGAGCUGGAGGUCACAGCCCAGGAAGUGCUGGGGAGACUGAAGAGCCGCCACCUGUUCCAGUCCGAGUGGGACACCGCUGCCUUUGUGGUCUUCCUCAUCUUCAUGGGCACCGUGCUGUUCCUGCUGCUGCUGGUCAUUGCCCACUGCUGCUGCCACUGCUGCUGCUCCUCCCCCAGGAAGGUGAAGGUGAGCCCAGGGGGGGCAUCCCGGGGGGGGGCAGCCCGAGUGGGGCAGCAGUUGUAGCUCUCCUCCUCCUAGGUGGCCCCAUUUCCCAGGACUGAUCCAGGAAGGCAGCCUGGAUCUGCAUCUGCACCAGGGCUGGGCAGGGCCUGGAGGGGCGGCUGGGAACCCAGCGAUGCCCACAGCACCCCUCUGCCUUACAGGAGAGACCUCAGGGAGUGGACAACUUGGCCCUGGAACCUUAAUGCCUCUCCCUUGGUUUGUGUCCUGCUGGUGAUGGUAACAAAGCUGGUGUCUGCCCAGAGCGUGUGUCUUGAUUGUU